GAUUGGAUCAACCACCUCCAUCUUGGGAAGUUGUGAGAACUCCUAUUUUUGAUAUGAAGCCUACUUUGCAUCCAGUGGGCACACCCAAGUUCAACUUGAAAAAAGCUGCUCUUGGUGUGAGAAAAACUCCACCGACCAAUAAGAAAAGGAAAUCUCCAAAAGCAACGAAAGCAAGAGCCCAAUGGAAUUUGGGGCUUGAGAAAUCUCUGAUCGAUAUACUUCAUGAGCAUAAUAAUGACUAUUACAGAGCACAAAAUGGAUGGAGUGGGGACACUUGGAAUCGAAUGACGCAAAUAUUCCAGGAACGUAAUCCGCAGGUGAACUUCGUCAAAUCCCAGCUACAAGAUAAAGAAAAAGAACUCAAGAGAGAAUACAAGAUGCUCAAGGAAGCUCGGAUGCAAAGUGGCGCUGGUUGGGAUGAGAAGACCUGCAUGAUAGUUGCUGAGAAGGCUUUGUGGGAUAACCUAGAAAUCUCCUUUCCAAGAAUUGGGAAAUUCAAGAGAAAUGGCUUUCCUAUGUAUGAUUCUCUUGGAGAUCUAUAUGAUGGCCAAAUAGCUGAGGGGAAUCACAAUUUCACUUCAAGCUCUAAGGCAUCUCAACUUGAUAAAGAGUUAGAAGAUGAGAGAGUGCAAGAAGCUGGGUCUGAAUUUGAUGAGGACCUGCAAAUUCUGGAUGAAGACCCUACUGAAAAGAAAGAUGAGGGCGCUAGAAGUUCAGCCAGCCGAGUGAAUGUUGGUGAAAGAAUGGAGAAGAAGGCAACUGGUGUACCAAAGAAAAUUCCUCCAAAGGAAUUAAAGAAGCCUAUUAAAAGCGAUGAAAUGGUGCAAGUAGUAGACAGGUAUGUGAAGAUGAAAGAAAAACAAGCAGAAGAUGAGAAGGCCGAGUCGAGUACAUUCUCCAUUGCCAAGUGCAUUGCAGCUGUAAACAAAAUCCAAGAAUUCACCCGUCAAGAGAGAGUUAAGGCUUCAAAAGUCUUCAAAAGUCUUGAGACCUUCCUCACUUGGGUCACUGAAGACGAGGAGUCAGCUAUCAUGUGGCUCCGGGGUGAGCUGCAAGAGUUGACUUGA